AUGCCUGCAUCGAGCAACGCGAUCGCUAUGGGUGACACUAAUGCUUGUAAAAACCAGCAAUCGAGUUACACACUACCGAUCAACGACUUAUGUCAAGCAGCAAGAAACGGCAAAAGUGGUGACCUUGUUUUAGAAACGCUCAACGAAUCCGACAUGCACAAAGAAGAUAGAAAAAGUCGUGGUUCUCCGAAGACUACUCUCUCUACUGAUCUAAAAUCAUUACUAACUGCAUCAGCCGAUCGUUCGAUAACUGCAGUUGCUGGUGGUGGUAUGUAG